AUUGAAUGGCAGGAUGAUCCAAUGUACCAAAUAUCUCAUUGUAAUGGGACAGUCAUGGCCAUGGAAUCAAAGCCGGUGGUAGCCGUCUCGCCACUCUCACGAAGCAAUGCUUCGUUUGCAAGUCGACAGCCCUCCUCCUCCCUCUCCUCCUCUGUCAUCAGAUUGACGUCCUUCCGUCCAGAGACUUGUUCGAUAUCCGGUGUCGCAGGUACUGCUCUUUGUUCGGGAACCAUCAAGAACUCUUCGAUGAGCACCACCAAGAUGACAACUUCAAUCUACAAUCCAGCAGGGACGACGUUACCACCGAUAUCCAUUACAGGCUUUGCUACGGCGCCGGACCUGCCAGAUGACUCGACUCUCAGGGUUUUCAGCAUCCCAGCAUCCAGUGGAAGCAGCAGCAGCAGCAGCGCAACUACAAUCAGUCCUCCCUCAAGCAGCUUGACCUUGACAGUAACAUUGUCAGUAUCGCCGAGCAUUGGCCCAAGUACGACGGCGUGGUCGAUAGAAAUCAUCAGCAGCUCUUCGGCCGCUGUCGCACUGCCAACCAGUACCUCAACUUCGACAUUGCCGCUACCUGCAUCUAGUGCUGAUCCUACCACAUUUUCAAGUUCGUUCACCUCUCCGACGACUCCUUUCGCUUCCUCCAUCUCCACGGCGCAAUCCAUUUCCUUCAAUCCUCUCACGGAGUCGAUCCUUACGACUGUCCCAAUGCAGACGACUACCUCUGUACCACUGCCACAGAAUUCUUCAGGUCCACCACCCUCAAUCCUCCGCCAUCAUGGCCACGGAUCGCACGUGGCAACUGUGAUCGCAAUACCAAUGGCUCUCGGCUUCACAGCUCUCAUCAUAGGCCUGAUUUUCAUUUGGCGCCGGUUCUAUCCUCUUUCCUACUCUGAGUCGCGGGCACGGCUCCCCGGGUACGCAGCCUUGCGACGCUGGAAGGACACACGCGAUCGGAAUCGUCGCACUCGCGAGUUACGCACGUCUGAAGGACUGACUGCAACAAACAGCAGCAACAAUGGUUUCACGGGUGGAGACACAUUCACACGUCGUCUGCGACAGUACGAGCAAGAGUCCAUGCGGGCGCGAGAGAAAUUCAGCUUCGAGGCACCAACUACACCACUUUCGGACAAAAAGAGCGGCGCAGCUGGCGGAAGUGGAAAUGGCAGUCCCAGUCCGUGGUACAAGUCCAAGAUUGCGAGUCCGAAGAUUAGUUACGAAAGACCAAGGGUGGACGCGGAUAUGGGUACGGGCAUUGGUGGUGGUCGGCGCAAGUACGGACCUUUCAAGAGAGAUUUCAACGAGGAGACUGGCAGUUUGGAGAGUUGGGAGGAAAAGUGGUUUAACUUGGGCAAUGAGGGUGAGGGUGAAAGUGAGUCUAGCACGACAAAUCUCAAGCAGGGCGUUUUUGAGGGACGCGCUGAACGUGUUUCCGGGCCGGGAAUGUCCUGGCGCAAAUUGAUCUGAGCGAAGAAAGGAAGAGUGAUGAUCUGGCUGGAUACAGAUUGAUGCAAUCAAGGGCUGGAUAUGCAGACCGCAGGCUUGAAAUGAACUCUAGGUGAGCGCUGUAUACAAGGAGCAGGUGAAUGGAAAGUGAAUUGAGAACGACAUAGUGAGCUGAACAUGAACGACCAUUGGAACGCUAUGGUGCCGUCCGG